AUGGCUGAGCCUUCAUCCCCCGACGUGCGUCGGGAAGCCCGUGGAAUAGGCACGCAUGCGUCGUUGUGCUGUUUGUUUGCGUCGGAGGGAAGGCCGUGGUGGAGGAGCGGCGGCCUGGCCUAGAGGGAGAAGGGGCAGCGCGGGCUCCCACUGCCUCCGGCGGGGCUGCGAGGAGAGGAAAGGUGUCGACCCGGCCUCAGGUGGCGGGAGCAGCAACGGGAGCAGUGAAGGAGCCCCAUCAAAGGCCGAGCUGCAAGGCCCUCCCUGGCAGCCCCGCGACCCCGCUGUAGGACUGAAUGGGUCUGCGAGAGGCUCGGCUGCACCCGCUGUUGGCAACAAGCCACCCCUUCGCCUCGCCGUCUGCUGGGCUCUGAGGAGAUCCCGCUGCCGCCCUCAUGUGCUUCCCAGCCCCGCUGGGGUAAUCGGGUGGGGGAGAGCCUCUGAGGGGGACCCCCCCUGCCUAAUUGUAGUUACGCCCCUGGUUAAGGUGAUCACAUUGUGGCUCCAGCUCCACAACGCCGGGAAACAGGAACCUAAGUCUGAUGCCUUAACAGACAUGCCAGACAAAAUUCUAGCAUUCGCCAAGAAGAAGGAAACAAGACAAUUCUUUGACGUUUACUUUUACAUAUCACAUGAUAGAAAGACAUGGCCCGAAGCCCGACAAAUCUGUGAGAAACUUGGAUCUCUUCUGGCUUCUUUCCCCACUCUGGAAGAGCAGCACUUCUUAAAGAAAGAAAUGGAUGCUUUAGUGCCAGAAAACUAUUGGAUUGGGGUAUAUAGAACACCAGAUGACCAUUGGAACUGGAUUCUUCCAUCAAUUAUGUUCAGCCACAGAUCUCUGCUGCAAACUGUCCAAUGUGGCAGUUGCAGAUCGGGGCCUCUGCCAUCUCAUGACCUAUACCUGCCCCCAGCCAUGGGGUUGGAAACACCAAAGGGGACCCAUCGCUGAGAUGCCUUCAUCACCAUGCAGUGAACUGAGCCAGUCCUCUCCUUCCUUUCUCAUGACCUAAGCAUGCAGUAGGGGUGUGCCCCCCCCCCCAAAAACGGGAUGCUAGUCCGAGUUUGAGCCGAACCGUUUGGUUUGGAACUGGUUCGGUGGUUAGAGGGGUAUGUUUGUACAGGGGAAUCUGGUGAGGCUUCCCCUUUAAAAGCAAAGUGGAGAACAUGGCCUUUAAAAUAGUUCUAAUGGCGGCCGGUGGGUGGGGGGGAGUGAGAGGGCAUCCUACCACCACCGGUGGUGGCAGCAGCGACUCCAGCGAGGCCUGGUUUGGGCCACGGCACAUGUUUGGAGGCCAUACAAAUGGCCUCUACGCAUGUGUGGAGGCCUGAACUGAGUUGCACUGGACCUGGUCUGGAGUGAAGAGGAUCCACUGCUGCCACUGCUGGUACAGGUGGUAAGGUGCCCUCUUGCUGCCCCCCUGGCUGCCAUUAGAAGUAUUUUAAAGGCAGUGUUCCCCUCGUUGCUUGCCAGGAAGACUCAAGUUUGAAUCCACAUUCAGCCAUGAAACUCACUGGGUGACUCUGGGCCAGCCAUGUAUCUCUCAGCCUAACCUACCUCACAGGGUUGUCGUGAGGAUAAAAAUAAGCAUGUACACCCCUCUGAGCUCCUUGGAGGAAAAGUGGGAUAUAAAUGUAUAAUCAGACAAACAAACAAACAGACAGAAUAUCCCUUGUACUGAAUUGAACUGAAGCCAAACUGGUUUGGCCCGGUUCAACCUUCAAACUGAACUAGUGGCUAGAUCGACUCAAACUGGCUUGCAGACCAGUGGCCCAGUUUGAAUUUGAACCAAACUGCCGGAAUCAGUUCCAUGCAUACCCUUAGCAUGCAGUAAGAGAAAGCAGUUUGGGAAAGAGAGACAAAGGAUCCUUGGAUUGCAACCCAAAUUGGUCCAAAUCAAAAAGGAAAUCCUAUUAGGAUGUGGGAAAAGGGAAAACUUUAUAGGGCAGAGGAAAUCAGACACAUGCAGAGAAAAAUAAAACAAUGUAAAUAUUCAAGAUAGCUUAGACACAGAACCAUUUUAAGCAGCAUCUCUAAGUCCAAGAUUCAUAUUCACAUAAGAAUCUGGAAAGAACAGCUGACUUCGUAAAAAUUGAAAGCUGGGAAAAAUUCCCGAGGGACUUGGGUACACAGUCAGUGUGUCUGAGAUGGGAUUGCCCCCACCCCCACCUCUAUAACAUUAACAUUUAAACUAUCUAUAAAUAACACCUGUAAAUUAACCAUACUGAAAGAAAGAAAAAAUGUCCCAGCCAUACCCAUGAUGGUGGAUCAUCCAUAUCCACACAAUAGCACAAUACCCUGUGACUGGGAGGCUGUGGCAUUCAUGGAAGUGCCCACCACCAUCCUGUAUAUGACAUUCAUCUCUUCAAACACCCCUGGAACCAUGAAUGGUAUACUGUUGGGGGUGAGUGAUAGGGCAGGGAGGGACAUCUGGCCCUGCUUUUGACACUAUUCAUGUCUACAAAGAUAAGCAUUGUGUGGACAAUGGUUUCCCCCGACACUCUAUGGAUGCGAAAGCUGGACUUUGAAGAAGCCGGAUAGAAAAACUUCUGUGCUGGAGAAGACUUUUGAGGAUAUCAUGGACAGCCAAGAAAAACAAACAAAUUGAUCAUAGAACAAAUCAAUCCAGAAUCUUCACUCGAGGCACAAAUGACCAGGCUCAAACUAUCAUACUUUGGAAACAUUAUGCGAAGACGCAGCCCCCUUGGAAAGUCCAUAAUGCUGGGAAAAGUGGAAGGAAAGAGAAGAAGCGGACAAUCAGCAGCAAGGUGGAUGGACUCGAUCACGACAGCAAUGAAUGCACCACUGAGAGACCUUCAAGGCCAAGUAGAAGACAGAUCAUCCUGGAGAGAAUCUAUCCUGAAGAGAAUCUUGUUUUGUUUUUGUGCUUCUGUUUUAAAUUUUUAAAUCAGAUUUGUUUUAUAUUUUUAGCUUAAUAUUUUAAUUGUGUCAUUUUUACAAUCUUGUUUUUAAAUUUUGCUGUAAACCACCUUGGGAUUGUUUUAAUGAAAGGCGGUAUAUAAAUUUAGCAAUAAAUACAAAUAAAUAAAUCUAUGUGGUCACUAA